AUGGAUCUGGAAACAAUUCUACCAAGCUUUCUGCUGCAGCAACGAUCCGGAUCUGGACAACAUUGCUUGCAGUCCCUACUCCACCCCUACCCGCACCUUGGUGACCUCGGGGCCGUGCCUGGCAUCCCCGGGCUGCCGAGCUGGUAUCCCCGGCCAAGCACCCGCGACAGCCCGGGACAGCCGAGCGGGAGCUCCGUGCCCUCGCUGCUGUCACCGCGGGGCGCCGAGCUCGGGGCUGUCCCGCCGCUGUCUGCGGCUCGCCCGGAGCGGGAUCACCGCGCCCCAUGGCCGGCCCGGCCCCGAUCCGUGCCGUGCCGUGCCGGGGGCGGGCCGAGCCGUGUUUGCCAACAUGGGAGGAGCCGGCGGGGCAGGGCGCGGGCAGCUCGGGCUGUCCCGCAGGGACGGGCCACUUCCCGCCGGAAGGUGCCGGGCAGCGGCGGCAUGGGGAAGGUGCGGGACGGCGGCGGCGUGGCCAGGAGGCUCCUUGCCCGGCUCCUCGUGGCUCUUUUAAUUGUUGAAACACAGUGCAAAAAUGAUACUGAAGCUCUAAUAAUGUCUAAAAGGAGGAUCAUUUCCAGGAGGGAAAUUAACUGCAAGGAGGAUGAAUACAAUUUAGAUACUCAGUGUUGCAAGAAAUGCAGAAGUGGUUUUGUUAAAAAUGUCUCCUGCCCAACAGAUGUUAUCAAACACUGUGCUCCAUGUGAGAAAGGAAAGGAAUUCAUGAAUCACCCUAAUGACUUGGACAAGUGUUUGAGAUGUAAAUUGUGCGACAGUAGCUUUGGUUUGGAGGUUGUGAAGAACUGUACCCCAGAAGAGGACACGCAGUGUGCCUGUGCAAAGAACUAUUUCUGCAGUCCUGCAGGAUGUGACACUUGCAUUCCAUGUACCAUAUGUGAAAGCGGUGUGAUUGAAAAACAAUGUACUUCAGCUUCAGACACUGUAUGCGGAACGAAAGAACCAGAAAUGCUGUGGUUGAUCAUUGCUUUGGUAGUUUUGGUAGUACUACUAGCAAUAACUGGAGCAAUAGCCUGGUACAGGAGAAAACAGAGGGGUCUUAUGAACAUUGAGGACCCAAAAAAUGGAGUUUACAGAGAGACAGAGAAUAUACCUCUCAUAGUUGCAGAUGUUGACCUGAGCAGCCACAUUCCUGGUAUUGUGGCAGAGAUGACCCUCACAGACGUCAAGAAAUUUGUUCGUCACCACCGCGUAUCAGAACCUGCCAUAGAUCAGAGCAUUCAGGAUUGUCCUGGUGACACAUCUGAACAGAAGAUUAGGCUGCUUCGAGUCUGGUAUCAGAGUCAUGGGUUGAAGGGAGCCUAUGGAACCCUAAUAAGCAGCCUGAGAGAGUUAAAAAUGUGCGCUAUAGCUGAUAAAAUCGAGAAAAAAAUGAAUGCAGCUAUUUCCAGCCCUCAGGAAGGGGGACGAUCUUAUAAUCCUGACACUGAGCAAAGCAAAACUUGCACUCAGGAAGGUAGAAACUCUUACAAUGACAGUUCUGAGCCAAGUAAAGCCUAUACUGCUAGUUUGGAAGAGACCUAGCACAGAGUAAUUUGAAAAUUAUUUCUGAAUGAGUAUUUUUCUAAUAUAAAUAAUUAAGUUUUUAAAUGACAUUUUCAUUGGAAGUUCUGAUUGAACUCAAGUGAGUUAUUGUAUGCAAAAGGAAUAAUUACAAAUUUUGUAGCAAUAUCUUUCCUUUAAAAAAGUUCCAGCUUUUUUUGGUUGUUAAGGACUUGAAGAAGUUUUAUGACUUGUUUACUAAAAGGUGCA